AUGUCCAACACUGGAGAGGGUUCAACCUCGAUUACCCUGUCCUGCAAUGAUCGAAUUGGUAGCGCAGCAGACACCACCACCAAGUAUCAAAUUUUUCUUCCUCUUCCAACCACGCAAGAUCAAGAGACUUUUCACUCCGUACAAGCAGAACCAAGACCCCACAAGUCCACAGUUGGCCAGAAAAUGUUUAGGUGUCUCUCGAGCUGCGCCUCACGCGGGGUGCUGAACCAAACAUCAACCACAUUCUUCCGCGCAGCAUCCCGCUACGUACCCCACAACAGCAGCAACAACAAAUACAUUCCACUUGCAUCGUCACUUCUACAAGCAGCACCACCACCAAGCACGGCCAAUUCCGGUCUCGCGUCGUUGCGACCAUUGCUUGCGUCGUUGUCGGGACGAAUCCCAGCUCCGCCACCACUGUCACUUCCACCAUCACACGUAAUCACGCUUGAAAUUAUCGAUAAGUCGGGAUCGGUACCGAGUCAAACGUUCGAGAUCAACUUGGACAAUGUCGAUGCAGAGAACAUGAUCCACACGGAUUCGGUUUUGCGUAAGCGGAGAUUGAAGAUGAAGAAGCACAAACAUAGAAAGAGAAGAAAAGCUCAGAGGGCAUUACGGAGAAGAUUGGGUAAGUGA